CUCCAGGGGGAGGGCGAGGGAGGACAAUUAAAAGCCCUUCUGCAGCAGCAGCAGCAGCGGAGAAGAGGAGGAAGAGCCAUCCAGGGAUUGCCCUCUACUUCUGCGGAGGAGGACUCUGUGGAGCCAGCAGGCCCUGAAUGAGCUGCACGCCUUGGAUGCUUUUUAGCCUUCAUUUUGUCUCCUGAGGAAGGAGAAGGAGAAGGAGAAGAAUUGAAGCAGAACCUAACCCUCCUCCUUUGCUUCCCUUCCCUUCAUAACAUAUACAUAUAUAUACAUAUAUAUAUUGCACACAAACACACACAUUUAAAGUUGCUGCUGUGUGUUGCGUUGUGUUGUGUGUUGGAAGGGCAGAGAGUCCCUUCCUUUUGGUGCUGGAGUUGCCUGCAGGGGCAGAAACGUGACUCCCUAUAGAGAUAUAGAGAUAUAGAUAGAUAUAUAUUUAAAAAUCCCCUCCUUUAUCCCUCCUUUUCCCUCCUUUUCCUCAAAAUGUAAGCUACACCUUGGACACUACGGGCCUAAAUAAGGAUCUCUUCUAUUUUUUGGGAAGAAGAAGGUGUGUGUGUGUGUGUUUUGUGGUGUGUGUGUGUCUACAAUUUUUUUAGAGAUGGUUCUCUAAAGUGAAUUUUUCCCUCCUUCUUCUUGGUGCUUUGCUUCCCAUAUUUUUCCCCCUCCUUUUUUCCUUCCACCCAACAACACAUAUUUUGGGAUUUAUUGCAUUGUGUGUGUGUGUGUCUGCGAAGAAAACCGGGAUUACAAGAAACCACUACCAACAAGAACGACACCAACAACAACAACGAGAAAAGAAAAAGAGAGAGAGAGAGAGGAUAUAUAUCUAUAUCUAUAGAUAUAGGUAUAUAUUUCUCUCCUCCUCCUUCCCCCCUUUUUCCCCUCCUCUUCCCUUCAGACACACAAUCGGUUGCGGCUUUUAAUUCAUGAAGCAAUUGUCCCCCUUUGCAACCCAAACCUGGAUCUCAGAAUGAGCAAAGAAAGACCCAAGAGGAACAUAAUCCAAAAGAAAUACGAUGAUAGUGAUGGAAUUCCAUGGUCGGAAGAAAGGGUGGUACGGAAAGUCCUUUACUUAUCCCUAAAGGAAUUCAAGAACGCACAGAAGAGGCAACAUGGCGAUGGCAUUCAUGGGAGUCUCAAAGGCGUAAAUGGACUCCUUAGUAAUGGCCAGUCUAAAGGAUUACGACCGGGCUCUGAACAGCUAGAGAAUGAAAAGGAUGAUGCAUCGCAAGUGUCCUCAACUAGCAAUGACAUUAGUUCUUCAGAUUUUGAAGAAGGGCCAUCAAGAAAAAGGCCAAGGCUGCAAGCACAAAGAAAGUUUGCUCAGUCUCAGCCAAACAGCCCCAGCACAACUCCAAUAAAGAUAGUGGAGCCAUUAUUGCCCCCUCCAGCUACACAGAUUUCUGAUCUCUCCAAAAGGAAGCCCAAGACAGAAGAUUUCCUAACGUUUCUCUGUCUUCGAGGUUCUCCUGCGCUGCCCAGCAACAUGGUAUAUUUUGGAAGCUCUCAGGAUGAAGAAGAAGAGGAAGAAGAAGAUGAAGAAACAGAAGACACAAAGACGGCCACAAACAAUGCUUCAACGUCAUGCCAGUCAACCCCCAGGAAAGGGAAAACACAGAAGCAAGUUCCUAAUGGGCAUGUCUUCAAUGGAUCCAGCAAAUCAACAAAGGAGAGAGAACAUAUUCAGAAACACAAAGUCAAAGAGACAACGCCAGCAAAGGAGAGAAACAGUGAACACAGGUCUGAAAGUCGAAAAGAUCACGCUGCUGCUAAUCAUCAUUCGUCAACGAACACGGGCUUCUGUACAAAAGGGCUCACUAACAACCACCACACCCUUCAUCGAUCGGCUCAGGACUUAAGAAAACAGGUUUCAAAGGUCAAUGGUAUCACUCGAAUGUCAUCUCUGAGUGCAAACACAGCCAGUGCCAAAAAGAUGAGAGAAGUCAGACCUUCACCGUCCAAAACUGUGAAGUACACUGCAACAGUGACAAAGGGAACUGUCACAUACACCAAAGCCAAGAAAGAACUGGUCAAGGAAACCAAACUAAAUCACCACAAACCCAGUUCACCUGUCAACCAUACAAUCUCAGGGAAAAUGGAAAGUAGCAAUGCAAAAACCCGUAAACAGGUGCUAUCCCUUGGAGCAGCCAAGCCUAACAACACCGCUGUCAAUGGCAUCAAAGUCAAUGGCAAGUUGAACCAAAAGACAUGCACUAAGGAGGUAGGGAGGCAGUUGAGGGAGGGACUGCGUAACUCAAAAAGGAGGCUGGAAGAGGCAAACCACAUAGACAAAACACAGUCGCCAACCAAGAAGUUAAAGGGGGCACUUAGUGUGACUGAAGCCCCGAGCAGAAAGGCACCUGCAGAGAAGCCUUUGCUAAAUGGCCACAUGAAAAAGCCUGGAAGUCAGGAAGUACCACAGAAAAGUCUAGAAAGAAAUAGGCCGAAGAGAGCUGCUGCUGCUGCUGCUGCUGCUGGGAAGAACACGCCAGGGAAACAAGCACAUAGCAAAACUGAAAAUGCCUCCUGUGAAAAUAAUAAUAAUAAUUCUACCUCUCAAACGGAGUCCUUGCACAAGCCACAUGACUCAGUGGGGAAGCAUGAGAAGGGUAGUGUUAAGUCUGGGUGGGCCAUGAUGGAGGAAAUUCCUGUCCUGAGGCCUUCCCCAAAGGAGUUCCAUGAUCCGUUGAUAUACAUUGAGUCAGUCCGCCCUCAGGUUGAGAAGUACGGGAUGUGCAGGGUAGUCCCUCCUCCUGACUGGAGACCUGAGUGUAAGCUGAACGAGGAAAUGCGGUUUGUGACCCAGAUUCAGCACAUUCAUAAGCUCAGCAGGCGCUGGGGGCCCAAUGUGCAGCAGCUGGCCUGUAUCAAGAAGCACCUCAAAUCUCAGGGCAUUACUAUGGACGAGCUUCCACUCAUAGGAGGCUGCGAGCUAGAUUUGGCUUGCUUUUUCCAGCUGAUCAAUGAAAUGGGGGGCAUGCAGCAAGUGACUGACCUCAAGAAAUGGAACAAGUUGGCAGACAUGCUGCGCAUCCCCAAAACUGCACAGGACAGGUUGGCAAAGCUGCAGGAAGCCUACUGCCAGUACUUGCUUUCCUACGACUCUCUCUCUGCGGAGGAGCACAUGAGACUGGAAAAGGAAGUCCUCUUUGAAAAAGAGAUCCUGGAAAAGCGGAAAGGCCCCCUGGAGGUACAUUCAGAUAACAGCUAUGAAUUCCAGUCUCUGCCCCGAUAUGAGCCCAAAAAUGGACUCAUCAAUGGUGUGGUUCAUAAAAACGGCUUCCGGAACAAGGCGAAAGAAGUCGAAGUCCCACAAAAAACAGGCAGGCGGCGACUCUUUUCUCAGGAAAAGGAGACCAUGAAGGAAGAGGAGGAAGAUAAAGGCAUUCUUAGUGACCUCCACAAGUGUGUCUAUAAGGGAAGGUCUGUUUCUUUAACAACCUUUUACCGAACGGCAAGAAACAUCAUGAAUAUGUGCUUCAGCAAGGAGCCUACGGCAGCUGAAAUAGAGCAAGAAUACUGGAGGUUAGUGGAACAGAAGGAUUGCCAUGUAGCAGUGCACUGUGGGAAAGUUGAUACCAACACCCACGGAAGUGGCUUUCCUGUGGGAAAAUCAGAACCAUUCUCAAGGCAUGGAUGGAACCUAACAGUCCUUCCUAAUAACACAGGAUCCAUCCUGCGACAUCUUGGUGCUGUGCCUGGAGUGACAAUUCCUUGGCUAAAUAUUGGCAUGGUCUUUUCUACCUCAUGCUGGUCUCGGGACCAAAAUCACCUUCCAUAUAUUGACUACUUACACACUGGUGCUGAUUGCAUUUGGUAUUGCAUUCCUGCUGCAGAGGAGAAAAAACUUGACAAAGUGGUACAUACCCUGCUGCAAGCCAAUGGCACUCCAGGGCUGGAAAUGCUUGAAAGUAACGUCAUGAUCUCCCCAGAGGUGUUGUGCAAAGAGGGGAUCAAGGUGCACCGUACUGUACAACAGAGUGGGCAGUUCGUUGUCUGCUUUCCAGGAUCUUUUGUCUCUAAAGUGUGCUGUGGCUACAAUGUCUCGGAAACUGUGCACUUUGCUACCACCCAGUGGACAAGCAUGGGUUUUAAAACUGCCAAGGAGAUGAAGCGGCGACAUAUACCCAAGCCAUUUUCAAUGGAAAAGCUGCUUUAUCAGAUUGCUACAGCAGAGGCAAAGAAAGAAAAUGGGUCUGCUCUGAGUACAUUAUCAGCGCUUCUGGGAGAGCUCAGGGACACAGAGUUGAGGCAACGACGGCAGCUAUACGAUGCAGGUCUCCAUUCAUCAGCCCGCUAUGGCAGCCAUGAUAGCAGCAGUACGGGAGUAGAUUGGAAGAAGAAGCCUCGAAAAUGGCAGUUAGAAACAUCUGAGAGGAGGUGUCAGAUUUGCCAGCACCUAUGUUACCUAUCUAUGGUUGUACAGGAAAACGAAAAUGUUGUCUUCUGCCUUGAAUGUGCCCUGCGGCAUGUAGAAAAACAGAAGUCUUGUCGCGGACUGAAACUAAUGUAUCGUUAUGAUGAGGAACAAAUAAUCAAUUUAGUCAAUCAAAUCUGUGGAAAGGUAAUUGGCAAAAAUGGCACCAUUGAGAACUGUAUCAGCAAGCCUACACCAAAAAGAGGACCUCGGAAGAGAGCAACGGUUGACGUGCCAUCAUCAAGACUUUCAUCCUCCGGUUCAUCCAAAAGUGCUUCAAGUUAA